AUGAAGAUCCGUUGUGAUGUUUGCGACAAAGAAGAAGCCUCUGUUUUUUGCCCCUCCGAUGAAGCCGCCCUCUGCGCCGCCUGUGACCGCCACGUCCACCGUGCUAACAAGCUCGCCGGGAAACACAACCGCUUCUCUCUCCUCCAAUCCACCGCCGCCGCCGUCGAUUCGUUGCCGUUGUGCGAUAUAUGCCAGGUCCGGCGAGCGUUUCUGUUCUGUCGCGAAGACAGAGCAAUCCUCUGUAGAGAAUGCGACAUCUCAAUUCACAGCAUCAGCGAUCACACCCAGAAGCACAGCCGGUUUCUUCUCACUGGCGUGAAGGUCUCGCCGUCGCCGGCGACUUCUACUUCUUCUUCCUCCUCCUCCUCCUCCGUCUCAGGCGGCGGCAAAGAAAUUGAAGGUGAAAUUGGGUUGUUGAAGAAGUGCUCGAAAAAGAGGGCUAAAAUGGAGGAAUUACCGCGACAGCCAUUGAAUGUUGGGAAAUUGGAGGUUGAAGAAAAUGGGGAAUCGUUUACGAGAAGCAGUAUUUCAGAGUAUUUGGAGAGUUUGCCCGGUUGGUGUGUGGAGGAGUUUCUUGAUUCUUCAUGUGCUGCUGAUAUUUUCUGUAAAGUUUGA